CACGCAAACGACCUCUUCUCAUUAUCAAAUAUCAACUCAUCUUCAAAAAUCAUAAAUACCCACAAAGAAAAGAUAUGACAAAAGUUCAUCCAAAAUUCCAAAACACUUGCGAGGAGAGCUUGUGCGAUAGUAAGGAAGCUGUCGUUUUAACGGUGUGGAAGAAGUCCCUUCUCUUCAACUGUGAUGGCUUCACAGUUUACAACUCCAAUGGAGAACUUGUCUUUAGGGUCGACAACUACAUGAACUGUCCUAAAGAUAACAUCGUCCUUAUGGACGCUUCCGGCCUACCCCUCCUCUCCAUCCGCCGCAAGAAGUUGAGCCUUGGAGAUUGGUGGAUGGUAUACGAUGGAGAAACACAAAGAGAUCCAAUAUUUACGGCAAAGAAAAACGUUAGUAUAAUGACAAACAAGAAGAGCUUGGUGUCAGUUAGCUCGAAGAAGACAGUACUAUACGAGAUAGAAGGAUCAUACAGCCAAAGAAGCUGCAAAAUAUUGGACGAGAGGAGGAACAAGAAGAAAACGGCGGAAAUCAAGAGGAAAGAGGCAAUGGUUGGAGGAGUUUCAUUUGGCAAAGAUGUGUUCAAACUUAUAGUUGAACCGGAGAUGGAGCCUUGUGUGGCCAUGGCAUUGACCAUCAUCCUCGACCAAAUGUAUAGAUAUUGAUUUUCUUACAUUUUCAAGCUUUGUACGUAUAUACUAGUCCUCUUUUUGUCAUGUAAUUUAUGUGUAUUUUGCUACUGGUGGACGCGGACUGGAUAUCUAAAUUUUUGAAGAUAUUCAUAAUCCACUUCACUUCAUCCAAAUCAUAAUCUUUAUGAUUUGUAUUUGUUCGGUUAUCAUUUA